AUGGCGACUGACGACGAUGCCGAUAUCCCCGAAACUGGAGCCAUUUUCACGUUUGGCAAGAGUAGGUUUGCAGAUAAUUUACCAAGUAAAUUUUGGAUUCGAAAUGACAAAGCCAUGCACAUAUCCUGUGGGGAUGAACACUCAGCCAUCAUAACAGAGUCUGGUCGUUUGUACACCUUUGGUUCCAAUGAUUGGGGACAGCUUGGACUUGGUCAUAUGAAACCAACAACUAAACCUGGAUGUGUCAAAUCUUUGAAGCAAGAAGGUGUAAAUUUGGUAGCUUGUGGUAGAUCUCACACUAUAGUAUGUACAAAAGCAGGUAGAUUGUAUUCAUUUGGUGCUGGAUCUGAUGGACAGUUAGGUACUGGAGAUGCACAGUGUGCUACCUCACCACAACUUAUAAAUCUACCAGAACAGAAAUAUAAAUUAUUGUCAGCUGGUACUGACCAUUCAGCAGCACUUACAACUGAUGGUACUCUGUACAUGUGGGGUAGUGGUUCUGAAGGGCAGUUAGGAUUAGGUAAUACCGAUAGUGUAGAAACGCCAAAAGAACUUAAAUUUCAUUCUUCAGUAAGCUGGGUUUCCUGUGGGUACUACCAUACAGCUAUAGUUACAGAUGAUGGUAAACUUUAUACCUUUGGUGAAAAAGAAUUUGGUAAACUAGGUUUAACAGAAGACCAGUUAGAAGACACCACAACACCAAAGCAUGUAGAAUCUAUAACAGAAAAAAUUAAAUUGGUGGCAUGUGGUGGUGCCCAUACUGCUGUCAUAUCAGAUGUUGGUAAUUUAUAUACAUUUGGUGAUGGUAUGCAUGGCCAGCUAGGAAAUGGUCCAUCAUUACUACAAUUGAGUCUACCACAGAAAGUUGCUCGCCUUAGUGAACAUAAAUGUAAAUAUGUUUCUUGUGGAGAUAAUCAUACAGCAGUUAUUACAGAAAAAGGUGCUAUGUAUACUUUUGGUGAUGGGAGGCAUGGCAAGCUAGGCAUCAGUGAAGAAGAUUUCUGUAAUAUAUUUAAACCCUGUAAAGUAUCUAGAUUCACCAGUUUUGAUGUCCAAAGU